CCUCUCCCCACCCCUCCCCACCCCUCCCCACCCCUCCCCACCUUCUCUCCAGCUUCUCUCCACUCUGCGUCACAGAAGAUUUGGAUCUUGCAGGCAGGCAGGCAGGCAGGCUUGGUGGCGGCAGCGGGCACGAUGGUAGCAGGGCUGUGGCCUGUGUCCAAGGUGCCGCUCCCGGGCAGCAGAGGGCCUGCCGGCGCCCAGGCUGCGGGGCUGUUGGCCUCACGGGGCUCCGCUGUCCCCUGGCUCCUGAGUGCAUCCCCCUCACUAGAGGUGGUUGUGCGGUGGGGUCUGAGCAGCCUCUGUGAGCCGUGAGCCGUGACCCCAGCGGCAGCCGAACUCAAAGGCACCAUGUCAGGCCCUGUCCGUGGUGGCCUGCCUUUUCUAAUAAGUCACCCCGGUGACCAGAGUCCUGCACAGCCACAGGAGACAGCAGUGGCCGCUUUUGUGCCGCCCCUACUUCUGUGCUCAGUUUUCUCCCUCCCGCUCUCUGACGCUCUUGGUCUCUGUCCCUUCCACUCUCUGUUGGUCGGUCUCCGUCUCUGCUUGGCUUUGCCGCAGGGUCUUUGCGGGGCCCAUUUCUGUGGCCAGAAAGCCCGGCUUUUCCUUUUCCUUAAGGAAGCCCUCGAGGCUGGGCUGGAGCCCCACUUCCCCCUUUCCCUUGUCUGCCCGAGCCUCCUGCCUUCCCAUCCCAGGACGUGGACUGUGUGUGAGGCCUCCCCCACCCCCAAGGGCAGGGUCGUCUGUGCUGCUCUGGGCCCCCACACCUGGCUCAGACUGCACACCCAGCGGGCCCGUGGUAACAAGGGUCAACCCUGCCAGCUGACCAGUGGCGCGCAGCGCACAGCCCAGAAGUCACAUGCCGGGUCCCCUACAAGCUCCUCUGUUGAGCUGGGGCGGGGUGGCAGGCGGGCCACGGAGACCGAGCGUGCCCAUUGCUCUGAGGGCAGAGCCAAGUCCUUGUAAGUCAGUGAGCCAGAAUGCAGGGCGCUGUUCACCCGGGCAAGCCGACGGCCUGGCGACCUUCGGUCCUGUGCCAUCUGCCUCCACUCCCAGGUAGGCGGUAACCUGCGCAGGUGCGUGGCGGCACACAGCAUUGGGGGCAGCCAGCCCUGGGAAAGGUAGCCUGGCACCGUGCCGUGUGUGCACAUGCGUGUGCCCCACUGUGUGACCUUGGCCCAGCCCGAGGCUAGCUGGAAACAGCAGCUGUCUCCUGGCCCCAGGUACCCUGCCUGGAGUGUGGCCAGCCUGGAAGAAGGGGCACAGGUGGGAGGAGGGGAAAGGGGCCUCUGCGGACAGCUGCUACCUCGGACUCCCGGCCAGCUCCAGCCGCAUAAAUCCCUGCGGGCCGGAGGGGAGGGACGCACACAGGCAGGCGCAUGCCAUGGGGCACCUGGGGCUGGUCGUCUUGGGCCUCACCUGCUGCUGGGCGGUAGUGAGCGCAGCAAAGCUGGGCGCGGUGUACACGGAAGGAGGCUUCGUGGAGGGCGUCAACAAGAAGCUCAGCCUCUUUGGUGACUAUGUCGACAUCUUCAAGGGCAUCCCCUUCGCCGCCCCCCCGAAGGCCCUGGAGAACCCUCAGCAGCACCCUGGCUGGCAAGGAACCCUGAAGGCCAAGGACUUCAAGAAGCGGUGUCUGCAGGCCACCAUCACCCAGGACAACACCUACGGGGAGGAGGACUGCCUCUACCUCAAUAUCUGGGUCCCCCAGGGCAAGAAGGAAGUCUCCCGGAACCUGCCUGUCAUGAUCUGGAUCUACGGAGGCGGCUUCCUCAUGGGGGCGGGCCACGGGGCCAACUUUCUCAGCAACUACCUGUACGACGGGGAGGAGAUUGCCACACGGGGCAAUGUCAUUGUGGUCACCUUCAACUACCGUGUCGGCCCCCUGGGCUUCCUCAGCACUGGGGACGCCAACCUGCCAGGUAACUAUGGCCUUCGGGAUCAGCACAUGGCCAUCGCUUGGGUGAAGAGGAACAUUGCAGCCUUUGGGGGGGACCCCGACAACAUCACUAUCUUUGGGGAGUCAGCUGGAGGCGCCAGCGUUUCUCUGCAGACCCUCUCUCCCUACAACAAGGGCCUCAUCCGGCGAGCCAUUAGCCAGAGUGGCGUGGCAGUGUGCCCCUGGGCCAUCCAGAAGAACCCCCUCUUCUGGGCCAAAAGGAUCGCUGAGAAGGUGGGCUGCCCCUUGGACGAUACCUCCAGGAUGGCCAAGUGUCUGAAGAUUACCGACCCCCGUGCCCUGACGCUGGCCUAUAAGCUGCCCCUGGCAGGCAUGGAGUAUCCCGUACUGCACUAUCUGGGCUUUCUCCCUGUCGUCGACGGAGACUUCAUCCCCGAUGACCCCGUCAAGCUGUACGCCAACACGACCGACGUUGACUACAUAGCGGGCAUCAACAAUAUGGAUGGCCACAUCUUUGCCAGCAUCGACAUGCCAGCCAUCAACAAGGACAAGCAGGAGGUCACCGAAGAGGACUUCUACAAGCUGGUCAGCGGGCUCACCAUCACCAAGGGGCUCAGGGGUGCCAACGCCACCUUUGACAUCUACACUGAACCCUGGGCCCACGACACGUCCCAAGAGACCAAGAAGAAGACCGUGGUGGACUUUGAGACCGACAUCCUCUUCCUGGUGCCCACCGAGUUUGCCGUGGCCCAGCACAGAGCCAAUGCCAAGAGUGCCAAAACCUACACCUACGUGUUCUCCCAUCCGUCUCGGAUGCCCACCUACCCCAAAUGGGUGGGGGCUGACCACGCGGAUGACAUCCAGUACGUCUUUGGGAAGCCCUUCGCCAGCCCCCUGGGCUACCGGACCCAAGACAGGACGGUCUCUAAGGCCAUGAUCGCCUACUGGACCAACUUUGCCAGAACUGGGGACCCCAACAUGGGACAUUCAGCUGUGCCCACACACUGGGAUCCCUACACGGUGGAAAGUGGUAACUACCUGGAGAUCACCAAGAAGAUGGAUCGCAACUCCAUGAAACAGCACCUGAGGACUAAUUACAUGCGCUACUGGACCUUGACCUACCACACACUGCCCACAGUGACCGGAAAUGGGGCCGUCCCCGCCCCCCCCUCCGGGGACUCGGAUGCCGCCCCCGCUCCCCCCUCCGGGGAUUCUGAUGCAGCCCCCGUGCCCCCCUCGGAGGACUCUGAGGGGGCUCAGAUGCCCAUAGUCAUCGGCUUCUAA